AUGAAAAAUAUUUUGUUUAAAUAUUUAUUAUUUUUACUAAUAUAUUUAUUUAAUGUUGAAUCUUCAAAAAUUUUAGUUUUUAGUCCAACUAUAAGUCGAAGUCAUAUGAUUUCCAAUGCCCGAAUAGCUGAUACUUUAGCUAGUGAUGGACAUAAUGUUACUCUUUUAGAAGUUGGAUUUAGAGAAAUAGCUUUAAAUGCUUCGAAAGUCGCAAAUAAAAUAUUAGUGCCGGGCCCCUUUAUAGAUUCAAAAGAAUAUGAUCCAUCAUUGAUGGCUAAAAUGGCAUUUAAGGAGGUUGAUUUAACUAAGGAUUUUAUAGUUGGUUCAAUUUGGCUAACAACUUUUAAUAAUGCUUGUGAAAGUAAGUGAGAGGGAGGG